AUGUCCCUACUCUCAAUUACCUUCUCCUGCCUAGGGUACUUCUUCACAAAACCCGUAAUAUCAGCCCUGACAAGCCUUGUGGUUACUUCAGGAGGGAACGUGACCUUCCAGUGUGUCUCAUUGGAGAGCUACAACAGCUUUAUUCUGACGAAGGAAGAUGAGAAGUUCUCCAGGCCCCAGGACUCGCAGCAUAUAAACUCUACUGGGCACUUCCGGGCUCUUUUCCAUAUAGGUUCUGUGACAGUCAGUCACAGAGGAAUGUUCAGAUGUUAUGGCUAUAAAAAUAGUAGCUAUAUGUGGUCCAAGCCUAGCGACCCCCUGGAAAUACGCAUUGCAGGGCAGCUUCCUGUCACGCCUACCCUCUCAGUGCACCCAGGCCCCAGAGUGUCCUCUGGAGAGAGUGUGACCCUGCUGUGUCAGUCAUGGCGUCAAAUGGACACCUUCCUUCUGUCUAAGGAGGGGACUGCCCACCCACCCCUGUGUUUGAGAUCAGUGUUUCAAACUGGGCUGUACCAGGCAAAAUUCUCCUUGAGGAAUGUGACCUUUGUCUAUGGGGGCACCUACAAGUGCUACAGCUCCAAAGACGUACUCCCCUACAUGUUGUCCAAGUCCAGUAACCCUGUGGAGCUUGUGGUCUCAGAAUCCUCUGAAGACCCCAACUCCUCAUCCCAAGAGCCCAUUCCAGCAUCGGGACUUGAAAGGUACCUGAAGGUUCUCUUUGGGUUAUCUGUGGCUUUCCUGCUGUUGCUUUUUCUCCUCACCCUCCUCCUUCUCCAAUGUAAGCAUCAGGAUAAACGCAGGAAAAAAGCCCAGAGAGAGGCCAUUAGAUUACAACUUCUUGCAGAACCUGUGGAGCCAGUAACUAGGGACAGAGGUCCUCAGAAGAGGUAACUUCAGACCAGAGACACAAGCUCCCACCUGCCUGACAGGGUUCACUUUGAAAAAAA